AUGCCUGCUGCCACACGCUCUAAAGGCACGUUCCCCCUGAACGGCCAACAAUACGUCAACAUGGACUUUAUCGAACGCGCCGUACCGACCAUGGCUUUUCUUGAAGACGAGCUGAACACGCCGAAUCUCAACAAGCUCCAUGACGAUCUCUGGGUAGCUGGUCGACCCAUGCCCCCUCGACCACUUACUUACCAGCUUGCGGCGUCGCGAAACAUCACCGUAAUGGAGAGCAUGGACCUUCAUCUCGUGUGGGAACCGGGUCGCAUUUUUCUGAAACCUCUACCGCGGUAUCUCCUCAACUCGACUUUCUGGGCGGAACACCUAGCCUGUGAGGAGGCAUUAAGCAACUCCAAUGUACCUCAAGGUGCAGUUUCUCACUCACAACGGCAAACACCACCACAUCGGCCGGCCGUUCAUACAAAUCCGCAAAAGCUCAUCUCACAGCACAUAAAAGACCCAGCUGAAACUCUACGAGAUAGAAGAAGGCAUCUCUACAGUUCCGCCUACGGAUUCCUCCUGUCCUACACGGCGCUCAUCCAACAUGAAAGCGACUUCCACAUCGCCCAAGCAAACCACCUCGUUCCGUCCGACCUCCCCUGGGACUCGUGGCGACAGCUCUCAUUUGCCCUCCUCAAAGACAGCCCCCACGGGAUUGCCAGAGUAAACAAGCGCUACCACUACGGGGAAUUACGCCUCGGGCGCCUCAACAAGAUCGCCCGCCUGCGCAGCCUCCGCAAAUUCAGACUGGCGGGUCUCAUGCGCGGCUACAAGUUCGAAUUUUCCACCUACGGCCAGCAACUGAGCGCGUACCUGGCGCCGAUAGUAACUGCCAUUGCGUACGUUUUGCUGGUCUUGACUGCCAUGCAGGUUGGGCUGGCGACGGAUGAAGCGAAGGAGAACGCAGCAUUCCACCGGGCGUCUUGGGGGUUUACUGUGUUUGCGAUUGUGGCUCCACUGGGGUUAGUUUCCUUGGUCUUUGUUCUUGUCUUUGUGUAUGUUGUUUAUAAUGCCCUUGUUACGAAGAGGUUUAAGCGCAAGAGGAUGGGAUUUUAUUCGAACUUGGGGAUUGGGAACUAA